AGCGUUAAUGUCAUUUGGCCGCAUACAGUCUGGCUUGAAGAAACGUUAAAAUACGUUGCAGUUAGAGUAAGGAUCGGCAAUUCCAAAUUCGACUAGAUUAAAUUCGAAUACUCGGUUUAAAAGUGUCGAAGAAAAGCGUAUAAUAAGAAAUUUCGGCCAGAUAUUGGAGCGAAUAAAAAUAAUAUUGCUUUUUACUUGAAAAGUUGUGCUUCUGAAUAAAAGUACCAGGUGCAAACAAAUUCAGCAAAAAGUGAGAAUAUACAAGCAUAUUGAAAAGGAGUAUUUUAGGAAAACGGGAAACAAUAAGAAUAAACACUUAUAACGUUUAUCAAACCACAAGAAGAUAAAAAAAACGUAUUGUACAAUUUUUAUAAAGAAAACAAAAGAUUGCUGCAAAAUUUAAACAAAGCGUAAUAUAAAAAAAAUUAAGUGAAUUGUCUCAGUGUACCUGUCAGCAAUAUGGAGAAAUUAUAUCUGCACCUGUUAACAUUUUUCUGCAUCAUCACAUUAAGUUUUUGUCUGCCAACCCACCCACCAAAAGGACGCAGCUUUCCGCCCGACUUCAUUUGGGGCGUUGGUACAUCAGCAUAUCAAAUUGAAGGUGGUUGGAAUGCCUCCGACAAAGGUGAAUCGAUAUGGGAUCAUUUAACGCACACUUAUCCGGAAAAAAUUGUGGAUCAGUCAAAUGGUGAUAUUUCCUCAGACAGUUAUCAUCAGUGGCGUCGCGAUGUGCAAAUGGUGCGAGAUCUGAACGUGCACGUGUAUCGGUUUUCGAUAUCUUGGACGCGCAUCAUGCCCGGCGGCUACAUGAAUCAGGUGAGCAGCGAUGGCAUACGUCACUACAGUGACUUGAUCAACGAGUUGCUCCACUAUAAUAUCACACCGAUGGUCACAAUUUAUCAUUGGGACUUGCCACAACGUUUACAAGAAUUGGGUGGUUGGACUAACCCGGAAAUUAUACCAGUUUUCAAAGAUUAUGCACGUUUACUAUUCGAUAUGUAUGGUGAUCGUGUAAAGAUUUGGACGACCAUUAAUGAACCUUGGCAUAUAUGUGAAUUUGGCUAUGGUGUUGAUUAUAUGGCACCUUCUUACAACUACCCUGGCAUUCCUGGUUAUUUGUGUGCACACAAUUUGCUCAAGACACACGCCGAAGUGGUCCACAUGUAUCGUGAGCAAUAUCAACAGUUGCAGAAGGGUAAAAUCGGUAUAACUAUGGAUACGUCAUGGAUGGAGCCAAAAACCGAUUCUGUGGAUGAUCGUGAAGCGUCUGAGCGUGCUAUGCAAUUCUAUUUGGGUUGGUUUGCACAUCCGAUAUUCUCGAAAAGUGGCAACUAUCCACAAGUCAUGUUCGAUCGCAUACGCAAUCUGAGCAAGGAACAGGGUUUUACGCGUUCACGUUUGCCGGAAUUUUCAAGCGAUGAAGUGCGUCGUAUACGCGGAACUGCUGAUUUUUUUGGCAUCAAUUCGUACACAACAAAACGUGUGACAAAGAAUGAUCACAACAAUAGUAAAAACUUUCCUAUACCAUCAUAUAAUCAUGAUAUGGGCGUCAUCGAGGAUCAAGAUCCCAGCUGGACUGGUUCAGGUUCGUCGUGGUUGAAGGUAGUUCCCAAAGGCAUGUACAAUUUACUCAUGUGGAUCAUGAGAGAAUACAAUAAUCCUCCAAUAAUUGUGACGGAAAAUGGUGUUAGUGAUAAGGGCGGCCUUGCGGACUACGGACGCGUGGAUUAUCUCAACUCUUACCUAUCUGCGAUUUUGGAUGCCAUUGAGGAUGGCGCCAAUGUGCAGGGCUACACUUAUUGGAGUUUGAUGGACAGCUUUGAAUGGAAGGUUGGCUAUACUGAAAAAUUCGGCCUCUACCACGUCGACUUCAACCAUCCAAACCGUACGCGUACACCAAAGAUUUCCGCCAGAGUUUAUGCGCAAAUUUGCAAAACCAACCUCAUCGAUUGGAGUUAUCGACCAAUUUUGGAUGAGACUCAAAUUAAUGCGUUGGCACAGCUGCCCGAAGUGGAUGCGAAGUCGGGUGCGAAUAUUAUAUACAAUACAUUUGCUAGUCACAGUUGGCAUGGCAUUACAUUAUUGUUGUUAAUUGUUAAUUAUUUGUUACGAAUUUAAGUUUUCAUCAUUGUAGUUAAUGUUGCCAUAUGAUGUGUUUUGUAAAUAUGUAUGUAUGUAAUAUUUAAUUAUAUGAUUUAUACGUGACUAAAGUAUUAUAUUAUUAAACAUGUAAUGAAAUAAAUACAUUUUGUAUAUUAAGAUUA